UAUUUCUCCUCCUUUCUCGUUGGUUUCUGUCUCUCUCCCUCUCUUCGCCCUUUCUUCGGCCUUCGCCAUAUUUUCACGCUCAGUCGGAGUCGCGGUCGCUACAGAGCAGCUCCAAUGCCCGCCCACAAGCGCUCGCUCCCGGACAGCAAUGCAAACGACGAGGGCUCCGGCCGGCGGCGUCGCCACCAACUCCAGCACCACCACACCAAGCACCGCCGAGUCGAACGCCAGCCUGAGGAGACCUCAGAAGAAGAGGAGGAGGUGGACAGAGAAGAAGAAGAAGAAGAAGAAGAAGAAGAAAAAGAAGACCGCCGCUGGAAGAAGCACAUCAAGGACGAGGAGGAGGAGGAAGAGGAGGAAGAGGAGGAGGAGGAUGAUGGAGAGGAUGAAGACGGCGAGGACGAAGGUGAAGGAGAAGCUGAUGGAGAAGAAGAAGAAGAACGCGAAGAUUCUGAAGGAAGUCCGUCCUCCAGCUCCGGCGACAAACCUGAGUAUGUCUAUGUAGAACUUGCCGAAAUUCGUAAAGAUGUCCAAUGCCCCAUUUGUCUAGGGAUCAUCAAGAAAACACGAACUGUGAUGGAUUGCUUACAUCGCUUCUGCAGGGAAUGCAUUGACAAAUCCAUGCGUUUGGGGAACAAUGAGUGCCCUGCUUGCCGGAAACACUGUGCCAGCAGACGCUCUUUGCGAGACGAUCCAAAUUUUGAUGCUUUAAUUGCAGCCUUAUAUCCAGAUAUUGAUAAAUAUGAGCAAGAGGAAUUGGCUUUUCAUGAAGAAGAGAAAACACGCAAUAAGGAGAUUCAGGCAUCCAUUGCACAAAUAUUUCAACGACAGACUGAAGCACGAACGGGCAAAGAUGCAGGGUUCAUUAGAAGACCACAACGCAAUCUGAGGAAUACUAAUUCAAGAAGAAAGAGGAAUUCUCGUGCCGCUGAACUUCAUGCAUAUGAAGACAAUGAGGAGGAUAAUAAUGGUGGUAAAGACUCUUCUUCUGCGGAUGAGCGCCCUACGGAGGUUAGGCAGAGAAAGAAGGGGAGGCGCACAGGGGCAAGGUCCUCGAGGGCUUCUUCUUCGGCAGACGGUGGGUGUGCAGAAAAUGAGACUGAAGCAACCAGAGAGAGCCAAGGAAUAUCUCCAGGACUUGUGUGGAACCCUGAAAUGCUUGCCUGGGGUAAAGGUGGGACUAGGAGCAACACGAGGCAUGGUGGUGCUAAUGGCGGCAGUAAGAAUUCCAGACACGCCCGAUUGUCCAAGUUAACUGAGCACCUCCGCGGCUUAGAGGAAACUGAUGAGGCCGAUAUUUAUUUUAUGCUCAUUUCGGUGGAUAAGAAAACCACGCCUAGCCUGAAGCUGCCAUAUGUCCGCAUCCGGUCGAGUUUGUCUGUUGGACACUUGCGUGAAUACGUCGCAUGCCAAACAGCUCUGCAAGCGGAUGAAGUCGAAAUACUGGUGUUGAAGAGUCCGCGGAAACCAAAUGUGACCCGACCAACCUUAGCGAGCGGAGGCAUUCACUCUUCCCCAGAUGUCAAUAUCUCCAAGGAGGAGCUGCAGCUUGUGGAAGAGAGAGAAACUCUAGCUAAUAUUAGAGCCAAGUACUCAUCAACCCAUAACAAUUUGAUUCUAGCGUAUCGGCAGAAGAAGAAUCCAGCAGCAUCCUGACACUUGCAUCGGCGUACAAAUCAUCAAGAAAAUUUUAAUAAUGUAGAUAGACAAAUAAUUAAGAGGGCAUUUAGUUUGUAUUUGUAGCACCAAAAGUUAUCGUCGUUCUGCUAUAGGGCAUGCCAUUAUUCGAGACAUCAAGUCGGGGUUGUGCUGUUGGGAUGCAAUUCUUCAACAAAUAAUGUAAUUUAUGUUGGACAAAGGAACCAGUGUUCGGUACAGACAA